UCGGGGAACAGGCUCGUUUCAUGUUGCAUCUAAUUAUUACUUUUUCCUGUAUCCGUUUGUCUCGUUUUUAAACAUUGGGGACAUUUUAAAGGAAGUAGCCUAUUGCUUUAACAUAUCAGGGGGCACGAGACCAACCGGGGGAAAUAGCGAUAAUUAAGCCGAAAUACCUAAUAAGUCCAAUAUAAAGUAUAUAUUUUUCGCCUGUAACUUAUUUUAUUUAUUAUUGUUUUACAAGAACGGGGCCGUCCUUUGAAGUCUCUCAAAAAGCGGUGGAAUAACGACACAAGCCUGUGCCCCCUACUAUGGAGACCGAGUCAACAGAUGGGUACCUUGAUAGCAACGGAAACUGCUCUCCUGGGAAGGAGAAGUCGAGGAUGCUGGCGGACCUGACGGCAGGAACACCUAACGGACAGCAUACACACCUCCCGGGCUCCCCCAUCUCAGCACACAGAAUCAAACAGGAAGAAGGGACAGAGGAACAGAGUGACAAAAAAACAGCAGACCUGGAGGAGACCACCCAAAGUGGGGAAGAAGGAUGCGAAUUGGAGGAACCGGUGACGGACAGCCCCAAUCACCUACCAGACGGGGGCACGGGGUCAGAUGGGCCGAGUGAUGGAGGGAUCCGAUUGCCCAAUGGUGACAGACCCUUCCAGUGUGGCCAGUGCGGUGUGUCCUUCACGCAGAAGGGUAACCUUCUACGUCACAUCAAGCUACACACCGGCGAGAAGCCCUUCAAGUGUCCCUUCUGUAGCUACGCCUGCCGCCGCCGUGACGCCCUGACAGGCCACCUGCGUACGCACUCUGUGGGUAAACCGCAUAAGUGUAACUAUUGUGGGCGGAGCUACAAGCAGCGAGCAUCAUUGGAGGAACACAAGGAGCGCUGUCACAACUACCUACAGAACAUCAGCAUGGACCCCUCCUCCAACUUGGGACCCCACCAAGGGGAUGUCCGGAGUGACCCCAAGCUCUUAAUGGACUCCCAUCCGAUGGUGGCAUUCGACAGGCCCCCGGUGAUCGAGAGGCUCCAGGGCAACGUGGGCAAGAGGAAGAGUACCACACCACAGAAAUUUGUGGGUGAGAAGCAGAUGCGCUACAGUUACCCUGAGCUUGGCUACGAAAUGGGCCUGAAGGAGGUGGAGGUCAUGCAGGGCCAUGUGAUGGACCAGGCCAUCAGCAACGCCAUCUCCUACCUAGGGGCUGACUCGCUGCGGCCCCUGGUACACCCCCCGCCGCUGCCCAUGGCUGAGGGAAUGCCCAUGGUGGCCCCGCUCUUCUACCCCAUGGGGCCUCGCAUCGAGCGCCCCAGUAGCCGCGAGGCCCCGCCCCCACCACCCCCUCCUGCCGAUUUGUCUUCAUCUCCCAAUGGGCCCCUCUGCCUCACACGCCGUAGGGGACCCCUGGCAGCCCGGGAGGAAUCGCCCAGUAACAGUUGCUUGGACUCUGCUGACUCGGAGCGCAGCAGCCCUCAGGACAGACCAGGCGGUCCCCUGGGCCAUGCCCCCUGCCCCAGGUCCAGCCCCUCCUGCCGUAAGGAUGACGGCCGAGGGGCAGAGCCGCGAGGCCCAGAACCAGCUGAGGUGUCGCAGGCCAGCAUGGCCGCGUUCAGUCGCACUGUGUCCAGGGAGGCUUACCGUGUCUUCACCCGGGAUGGCCAGGAGGUACGGGCCUUCCGCUGCGAGCACUGCCGAGUUCUCUUCCUGGACCACGUUAUGUACACCAUCCACAUGGGUUGCCAUGGCUACAGAGACCCGCUGGAGUGCAACAUAUGUGGCUGCCGUAGCCAGGACCGCUACGAAUUCUCCUCACAUAUUAUUCGCGGAGAGCAUACCUUCCACUAGGGGAAACCCUUGCUCGUGUCCAGCAGGUCUCCCUGGCGGAGACCAUGCAAGUUAUCCGCGCCUUGGACACACCUGUAUGACACAGGCUAUGUUACAUGAACCAAAUACACAUAAUUGUGGGUCCAAAAGGACAGUAAUCUGUUUCCCUUGUGUAGCCAUUUGAGAUUGUAUGACUGGAAUAAGUGAAGUGAAUUGUGGUGCGUUGUACUGGUAUGAUUCAGAACCCCUUUCUGAGCACUGUUGUCUUUUCUUGUAUUUGAAGUCUUAAUUUUAGCGAAGCAGCUAUUCAUGGGGACUCUUCCGAAAUACCUGUGAACUCCUCUCUCCAGGACAGGCUCUGCAUGUGCUGCCAUUACUGUCCAGUUUACAUCCAGUGGAGCUUCCGGAUCAUUCCUGCAUUGGCCUUCCAUAUUUCAUUGCCAUCCACUUGCACCCUUAGACGGUUCUCUGAAAUAUUACAAGGUCAUGCGCUUUGAGACAAAACAAUGAAGUGUACUUAGAGUUUCGCUAUUGCCGUUCCAAAACAAGUUAUUCCCCUCAGUGUGGAACCAAACCUUCCUUCGUGUCGUGCUGUGAUUAGGUCUUGCAAGUGGAAGUUAUAUAGCCAUUUCCUGUGUACACCAGCAAAGUCAAUCUCUACUCUCUCUUUUCUUUAAUAUUUUGCUAGUUUAUCUGUGACAUUGCGUAUUGCCCACUGGAAUAGUAGUGCCUAAAGUCAAAUGGCGAAUCUAAGUGCUAUAAACCAGCACUUUUCACAGCCUUCAUGGAUUUAGAAACCUUUCUCACAUCUGUUUAUGUGUCAGAAAAGCUGAAGGAGUGCCACGCCACAACGUCGAAAACAGAAAUCUCUGUCCAACUUGCAUCUUCAACCUGGUUGCCUCGCACCUAAGAGUGAGAUUCUCUGUAAUGACCAGGUUCCUUGUCUAUCUGUGCAGUGUAAUCACCCUGCCAUCUUGUGCUGAACAUAUUUCAGACAUCUAGUAAUUCUUGCAGUUAAUAUUGCUUCAGUUGCUUUGAUUAUGUUGGCCUGGUUCCAAUGUAACGAUUAUGGUCCCCCCCCCCCUCCUCAUGUGACAUUUGCUGUUGUUACCCCUGUUGAUCGGCUACUAUUGUUAGGCAAUCGCAUGCGACUGUCGAUUUUGCAGAAUUCUCAUGCGAUGUCCCAGUGCAUGUCCAUUUUGAAGGAAUCACUGAGAAUACCUCAGGUGAGAUCCCCAGCGAUCGCACAGCUCCGGGGGUAUUCACUCGCUAGUGCUGUAGCCGUUGGAGAUUGCUGUAGCCUUUAUCCUCCCCUGUGAAUCAUCUGCAAUGGAGGACCGAUAGAUGAAGUAUUAUGAUUCCAUUGUGCCAAUAGCCAGAUUCAUUCUGAUUCUUAAGUGGCAAACUCAUAUCCAGGUCCAGUCGUCUGGGAUUCCUUCUCUAACCCUAUUUAUCUGCUUUACUUUCCCUCAGCCAUUUUCGCCAAAGAUAUUUUGUUCAGGGUUCAACUGGAUUUUCACUUGUUGCAUGUUCUGGAAGUAUAUUACAGAAACUAAAAGUUCUGUAUUUAAGAUAUUUUAGCAUAAUGGGAAGUUAUAUAUCUUGGGGUCUGAAGCUGUUUUUUGUGAUAAGUUAAGGCCUUAUUAAAUUUGUAUUUAUUUUUCUUUUUUCUUUAUAGGAUGGUGUGAAGUAUAUUUUUCGGGUUGUUCAUAAUUAUAAUAGCGUAUUAUUAAGACAUAAGACUGUUUGCACAGUCUGUUUGCUGAGCCUAUAUAACUGCUUAAUGAGAAACGAAAAGGUUGUGUGUUUUUUUUUUUUUUGUUACCAAUGUGCUUUUUCUUUCGUGAAAUGCUCCCGAGUUUGCCCGGCGCAAUCAGUGAAGUAACAGUUUUGUACCAAAUGAGAAUGUGUGACUCAAGCUGGUUUCCACAAGAACUCCGAAAAUGCAGCCCAAACACUGGGGCUUCAGCUGUUUAAUGUCUGUGGUUAUUGUUUCGUCCCUGUGAAGAUAUCUAGACCUUUGUGCCUCCCGAGCUGAUCCUCGCCGUUCUCUGCUGUUUGAAGGAAGACCUCCAAUGUGUGCGUGAAAAGGGCCGCCGCUCGACGUGAACGAGUACCGUUCAUUCUUUUUACUGGGCAGCUUUUUUUUCUGGCAUAUUUUAUUUAUUUAUUUUUUUGUUCAGAUAUUUUUUUUCUUUAGAUGUAGUAAUGAGCCACAGAAUGGAACAAAAAAUGCCUACAGUUCAAAUGAAAUUCAGAGUUUAUCUGGAAACAGUUUGUAUUUCGUUAUGGUCAAUUUGCUUUAUGUUGAGAUAUUCCGUAGAUUUUUUAUUUUUAUUUCUUAAGUUUAGCUGGUAGGUCUCCUGACGCCUAUGCAGUGAGGGGUACCUGUUUGAUACCCCCCCCCCCCCGAUGAGCUCAUUACUUUCACAAUACAGUUUGAAAAUUCAUGGUCAUGUUACAUGACUCAAAAAUAAUGGGGACCAAGAAAAUGAAGUGGCUCAUUGGAAUCUACACUCAGAUGUGUGUGUUUUUAUGACAAGUUACAAUUAAGGGUUUUGUGCAAAUUGGUAGAAAAUGACUUAAGAGAAAUUGAUUAAAUAGACCUGGCAAAGGACCCUAGCCAUGGACUUACAGUAAAUUCCUUUUUUAUUCGGAAAUCCCAUCGUAGACAGGUGGCCGAAGAAGUCGCUGUGUCGUCCUGUCCAGUCAGAAGUCUGAUGUGUUUGUAAACUUGUAAAAUCCAUGUUCACAUUUAAAACAAGGAAUUUGAACGUUUUGUGUAAAUAUGUGUGCCGAAUUUAAUGAACACAAAAGCGUGUUCUUAUUUUAAGUCUUGAAAGUUGAUUAUACUUGAAGAGGAGCCCUAGCAUAGGAUUUAAGACAGCAUUUAAUUUUAAGUGCAAUGGAUGAAUCUUUUUUUAAAAAAAUAAAGUGUAAAUAAUUGAGCAAAAAGAAGAAAAAUGGAUUUUAACUACUGCUGAAUGGAAAACUGGCAAAGGAAAUGUUGCAGUGUAUUUUUGUAAAAUACAUAAUAUAUGAAUUGUAUACAUUUUUUACUGAAUAUAAUGGCUUUAUACUGUUCUAACUUUGGCUCAGAGUUCAGUGGAAAUAAAUAUAGGGAUCUCAGGUACUUUUGUCUGCAGUGUAUUUCCCAGUUUACUGCUGAAAUAUUUGUAAUAAAAAAAAAUAAAGAUGUGCUAAAGAAAAAAAAA